GUAGUUGGUGCGUGCUCUGAAUUAAAUUAAAAGGUGCUGACUGAGCACUUUCGUCGUCGAUCUCUUCACACGUGCCUUCCGCCACGGUCGUCCAUCGUAGUUAAAUAUAUAUGCAAGCGCCUUCACUCUAGAUCUUCAUCAACCACCGCACGUCAAACACACGCGAGCGGAUGAAUCGUGAGCAAAUUGCCCGUCGCGUGGACCUCAUCGGCCCCUCCACCGGCGCCAUCGUCAGCGUUGCGACGUGGUGUGCGCUGCACGGCGCAGAGGCAGACUCCAUCGUGGCCUACGUGGCGGAAAAGAUGAAGCACAAGGAGACUACCGACGCCCAGCGUGCGUCGUUAAUUUAUCUCAUUCACGAACUGCUUCUCACCUGCGCCACCCGCGGCGUCUCAGACAGCGCGAAGCGCUCCAUUCUCAUCGCCGUCAGCCGCACGCUGCCGCGAGCCGUGCAGGACACCCUGCGCCAAAAGACGUGCGAUCACACCUCUUUUGUGGCGGCGUUGCAGAAGGCAACGGACUGGUGGGCGAUGCUGAAUUUGUUUCCCAUAGCGUGGCUCGCACAGCUGAAACGGACGUCGCAGGAGGCGCAGGAGGCCGCCGGCCACAGCACCACCGUUCCCUCCGCGUUGUUGCAGGUCGCCGCCUUGAUGCAGCGCUACCAACACGCGAAGGAGGUGUGGCUGCACAACAAACACAUCAAUGCAGCAGAGGGCACCUCCGCAACCACCAACAGCAGCGGCGGCGUCAGCGGGCAGGACGUGGACAACUACGGCAGCAUUAACGGCAGCAGCAGCGGUGUUGGUGGUGGUGGCGCUGGUGCCAGCAGCGCCAUCGUCGACGAGGCCGCGCAUCGCUGUUUGAUGGCGUUGCGGAAAGCAGUGGAAAGUCGUUUUGAGCGCAACGCGGCGCUGCUGGCGUGGUGCGAGGCGGAGCGGGCCGAGCUGGAAGGACGCGCCGUCGCCACCGCUGGCAGUGUAGCGGGGACUGUGAAGACGGAGCAAGGUACCACGGCAGCAGCGCACGCGGCGCCGCACAGUGGGGCCAACACGGCGGUGUCCGUCAAGGAGGAAGUUGGCGUGGCGGGUGGCGGCAACGACGAGGACGACGUGUUGGGUUCUUUUUUUUCGUAG